AGGAACUGCCAGACUGUUUUCUACAGCAGCUGCACCAUUUUGCAUUCCCAUCGGCUGUGCACCAGGUUCCAGUUUCCGCCAAUUGGAGAUGGGGCGAUUGAGGCACGCAGAGGUUCCAUAGCUUGACCCAAGUCGCACUUCCUAACAAGUGAACCGGCAGGGCUGUGAGCCCAGGCGGUGCGGCCUCAAGCGCCCACGCUGGCGUCAGAUCGUGGUUCAGAGAGGACGGUGUCUGGGUUUCGGUGGUGGGCGCUUCCAGAAGGCAAGUGGAGUCCAGGGACUCAGAGCAGAAAUUGCGAUACGGAGAGAUCAGAACUUGGUCGCUGACCCUGCAGCAUAAAGAAGUCCUCGGCCGCGGGGAUGAGGGAGUUGUACUGAAGCCCUGUGGUCAAGUGAUGGGUCCCACGUGUAGAACCUGCAGCAGAUGCUCUCAGGGGUAAAGGAAGAGGAAAUUUGAGCUGAGAAAUUUAGGAAAGGGAAGAAGCAAUUAUUCAGUCAAACUGUGCAGUCUUGACAGAUGAGCCGUGUCAUCUUGGGGUGAGGAGCCUUGUCCCCUGCCGUCCAGCUCCGGCUGUGUGCAAACCCUGUUUCCAGAAGAGGCGUUCUCUCUAUAAAUUAAGAACCCGUGAAAGACGUUGCUGCGAUGGUUGGCUGGGCUCUCAGGAGAGCUGCCCAGGUGCGCGUCCACCUGGCGAGGAAGGCCAGCGGGGUCUGCCGAGGCCCUGAGCAUCAGGCCUUGGGCGCGAGGCCCGCUGCCCCGGAGCCCGCCGGCCGGGGAGCCCCUGGGGCGCCGCGCGGCGCGGUGGAGCUACUGGGCAAGUCCUACCCCCAGGACGGCUACAGCAACCUGUCCCGCAAGGUCCUGUCCAGGGUGGGCAGGAACCUGCACAACCGACCGCAUCACCCGCUGUGGCUGAUCAAGGAGAGGGUGAAGCAGCACUUCUACGCGCGGUACGUGGGCCGCUCGGGGACGCCCCUCUUCUCUGUCUACGACGACCUCUCCCCGGUGGUCACCACCUGGCAGAACUUCGACAGCCUGCUCGUCCCGGCCGACCACCCCAGCCGGAAGAAGGGCGACAGCUAUUACCUGAACGCGACCCACAUGCUGCGCGCGCACACGUCCGCGCACCAGUGGGACCUGCUGCGCGCGGGGCUGGACGCCUUCUUGGUGGUGGGCGACGUGUACCGGCGCGACCAGAUCGACGCCCAGCACCACCCUGUGUUCCACCAGCUGGAGGGCGUGCGGCUCUUCUCCCGGCACCAGUUAUUUGCUGGCACAAAGGAUGGAGAAAACCUGCAGCUUUUUGAACAGAGUUCUCGCUCUGCCCAUAAACAGGAGACACAUACCCUGGAGGCCACGAAGCUUGUAGAGUUUGACCUUAAGCAAACACUUACCAGGCUUAUGACACAUCUUUUUGGAGAUGGGCUGGACAUCAGAUGGGUGGACUGCCGCUUUCCGUUUACUCAUCCUUCCUUCGAGAUGGAGAUCAGCUUCCACGGGGAAUGGCUGGAAAUUCUUGGCUGUGGGGUGAUGGAACAGCAACUGGUAAAUUCAGCUGGUGCUGAAGAUCAGAUCGGUUGGGCCUUUGGCCUUGGGCUGGAGCGGCUGGCCAUGGUCCUCUACGACAUCCCCGACAUCCGCCUCUUCUGGAGUGAGGAUGAGCGCUUCCUGAAGCAGUUCUGCGUGCAGGACAUCAACCAGAAGGUGAAGUUCCAGCCUCUCAGCAAAUACCCUGCUGUGAUCAAUGACAUCUCAUUCUGGUUACCUCCCGAGAAUUACACAGAGAACGAUUUCUAUGACUUAGUCCGAACAAUUGGAGGAGACCUGGUGGAAAAAGUUGAUCUUAUAGACAAGUUUGAACAUCCAAAGACUCACAGGACAAGCCACUGCUACCGCGUCACCUACCGCCACAUGGAGCGCACGAUGUCGCAGAGAGAGGUCGGGCGCGUCCACCAGGCCGUGCAGGAGGCGGCCGUACGGCUGCUGGGCGUAGAGGGCAGGUUUUGAUGUCGCCACCUCCCCGGCCGCGGCCCUCCCAGGGCCCCGGGUUUGCUGAACCAAAGAGAAAAAAGAUACUGUUUGUGGACCGAGACAUCCGUCAUCUUGUGAGAAAUGGGUCAGUAUCAGGACUUUCAGAAAAUAAAGGAUGGCUCUUGAGAAA